AUGCCCUCGUUCCUUCGCCAUGACUACCGACGUCUAGAACGCACCGACAGCGACGAGGAGGGCAUCAAACUCGAGUCACACGACGACCGAAAACCGGCGUAUUCCCCACCAGUCCCCAAUCGCAGGGCCCCACGGGCCACCACGCGAUGGAUGGUCACGACGGUAAUCCUCUCUAUCCUCGUCCUGGGAGUCAUUAGUCUCCUCUCGAUUAAAUAUGCUCGUCCUCGACAUCGGAACGCGUCAGAACCCCAGAGCGCCAUUGCCCCGAGGCCGUGCGGCUCGUCUCCCUCCGAGGCCAGCGCUGCCGCGUGCAUCUACGACCUGAUGACGCAUUCAUGGCUACCCCCAUCCUGCUUCGACGAGGAACUGACGCAGGAAUUCCGCAACCUCCGACAGUGGCCCUUCUAUGCCGACCGGACAGGGACUCGACCGUUGACCGAGAAGGAACUGGCCUGGCGCACGGAAGAGUCGUACACCACUCUGGAAUACCAGUAUACCCACUGUGUGUACCGCUGGAGGAAACAACAGCGAGCCGUGGGGAAGGAGAGAGACGUGGAAGUGCACUCUGCAAUGCAGAAUCACACCAUAUCGUGCUCGGAUCUGUUUCUCACUACGGCAAAGCAGCUGAAUGGGACCAACCACGUGAUGGUAUUGGAGGACAAGCUGAUCUCGCUGGUGGUGGGAUAUCCUCGAUGUGCCCAUCCGAAGACAUAG